AUGAGCGCCAAUAUGCCUGAGCAAGUAAAACCAAAAGUUCCGUACCGCGAAAUCCGCGCGCAGUACGACGACGAUACAAUCACAGUCUACCAAGCCUACUCCGCAUCAAUCGCCAAAGCCGCAGUAAAAGAACAGAAACUCUCUGCCUCGCCAGACUUUUCUCUCCAGCGCAUGACCUGGAUCAAGCCGAGCUGGGCGUGGAUGAUGUAUCGCUCAGGCUAUGCAACCAAAGACACACGACAAUCACACAUCCUCGCGCUCAAGAUGUCACACAAGAAUUUCCAGGAACUCUUGAGUCUUGCAGUAGUUUGUGGGGGCGGAGCGCUGAGCGAGGAGGAUAGAGCGAGGGCGGUGCGCGUGCAGUGGGAUCCGGAACGGGAUCCAGCGUUGGGACAGCUUCCAUAUCGGAGCAUUCAGAUUGGGAUCUCGAGGGAUAUUAGUAAAAAGUGGUCUGAGGAGUGCAUCGAGAGUAUUGGGGAUGUGACGGAAAUGGCGACUAAGCUGAAACAGGCGGUUGAUGGCGAAAAGGAACUGGGCGUUGGAGAGCUCGUCGACAGGGGGCUUGUUCCCAUAGAGAGGCCAUAUACUAUUCCACAGGAGCUGAGAGAGAUACUGCGGAUGGACUGUGAGUAG